AUGAAGGAACCCUCCAAGAAGAUGGACGCCGCAGCAGAGGUAGAGACGUGGAGUGUUGAGAUGGAAGAAGAUCCAAGGGACGGGACAACUGGAGCAGCUGGCUUCGCGGAGAGCCUCACUAGGGAGACGCUGGGAAGCAGCAUUCCAGACUCGACAGAUCCCAUGUUCUUCAAGAAAUGGCCAGGCGAAACGGAGGAGCAAAACACCCAGCGCCUCCUUGGACUCGAGCUCCACAAGUCCUGUGCAGAGGAAGCUAGCUUUGACUUCGACAUGGACUGCGAGGAGCGCUGUCACGGCUCUGUCGCGUUCGGCGGCGUCGACGACCAGCCGCUCCUUCGGACGGACAACAGUCUGGGAA